GUUUACGCCGCGUGGCAAAAAUCGCGUUGGCAAGUGCGUAAGAAUUGUCAACAACGCAAGCAGCCAAAUAAAACAUUGUUCAAUAAGCCGCGAAGUGUUUUAAAAUAAUUUUAAAAAUAUUUAAAAAAAUAUAUAAAAACACAAACAAAAGCCCAGAGGUGUAACAAUUAAUUUUGCAUAGAAAUCAAGUCAUUAUAUUGGGCCAACGCGUGUGUGCAGCAUCGAGAUACUCACUUGUAAGACAAGCUAGUUGAUAGCCCGACUAAACGAAGCUCAUCAAAGUCAAUCGCCUCCGGUGAAAUCGCUGGCCAAUUGACAGUGCCGCUUGUUUAACACAUUUCUUAACACCGAACUCAGUUGCAAUUUGAAUUCAAAGUGUAAUUUCAAUUUCCAUUUACAUUUCGAGUGCACAAUAUUCAAUUGGAAUUGCAAUUGCAAUUUAUGCCACGGCAAGUAGUUUGAGCGAUGCCAGACUGAGGCGCAAUCAUGCUGCACUUAAGGCUAUUCGAUAGCUCACUCUACUACACGCUGGCCUCCGCCUCCGAAUCCUCGGGACUCGUGUCCUCCACCUCCACCUCCACCUUUACAUCCACAUCCACGGAAAGGUCGUUCAAUGGCACCCAGGAGGCGGGGGGCGUGGCCGUGGGCGGCGAGUACCUACCGCCCACCGACGUGGCGGCAGUUAAUCUGACAUAUUUCACACCUGCGAUAUCACACGUGAUGCUGGCGCCAACAACGAUAGCAACCACGACAGCCUCGGCCACAAUGGUCCAGAUCCAGACGACAGCGGCGCCAAGUCACGACUUGGAGACGGGCGGUAACUCCACAUCCAGCGACCCCGGCGAAUUUGACAAUUUAAAUUCGUUCUACUUUUAUGAGACCGAACAGUUUGCGGUGCUCUGGAUCCUGUUCACUGUCAUCGUCCUGGGCAAUUCAGCCGUUCUCUUUGUGAUGUUCAUCAACAAGAAUCGCAAAUCGCGCAUGAACUACUUCAUCAAACAGCUGGCAUUGGCAGAUCUGUGCGUGGGACUGCUCAACGUCCUCACCGACAUUAUAUGGCGCAUCACGAUUUCGUGGCGGGCGGGCAACCUGGCCUGCAAGGCCAUCCGCUUCUCGCAGGUCUGCGUCACAUACUCGUCCACCUACGUGCUGGUGGCCAUGAGCAUCGACAGAUACGAUGCCAUCACACACCCCAUGAACUUCUCAAAGUCGUGGAAAAGAGCCCGUCAUCUGGUGGCAGGCGCUUGGCUCAUCUCGGCGUUGUUUUCGCUUCCCAUCCUGGUUUUGUACGAGGAGAAGCUCAUCCAAGGACAUCCGCAAUGCUGGAUUGAGUUGGGUUCACCGAUCGCCUGGCAGGUGUACAUGAGCCUGGUAUCGGCCACUCUCUUUGCCAUUCCUGCGCUGAUCAUUUCCGCCUGCUAUGCGAUCAUCGUAAAGACGAUUUGGGCAAAGGGUUCCAUUUUUGUGCCCACUGAACGCGCUGGGUUUGGAGCCGCACCUGCCAGGAGGGCCAGCUCGAGGGGCAUUAUUCCACGGGCAAAGGUCAAAACGGUCAAGAUGACAUUGACCAUCGUGUUUGUGUUUAUCAUCUGCUGGUCGCCAUACAUCAUCUUCGAUCUGCUGCAGGUCUUUGGCCAGAUUCCCCACUCACAGACCAACAUCGCCAUCGCCACCUUCAUCCAAAGUCUCGCACCGCUGAACUCGGCGGCCAAUCCGCUGAUCUAUUGCCUCUUCUCAUCGCAGGUCUUUCGCACAUUAAGUCGCUUUCCGCCCUUUAAGUGGUUCACCUGCUGCUGCAAAUCAUACCGCAACAACUCGCAGCAGAACCGCUGCCACACGGUUGGUCGUCGACUGCACAACAGCUGCGAUUCGAUGAGGACACUGACCACUUCGUUGACGGUUUCCCGUCGGUCCACCAACAAGACCAACGCCCGUGUGGUCAUCUGCGAACGGCCCACCAAGGUGGUUACCGUGCCAGCCAUGUCGGAGGUAUGAUAGCUGGCCCACACCAGCCGGAAAAGAUCCGCUUUCUCGAUUCAUGGUCCCACGUCCUUCAGCGACGCGGAGUUCCUUUAAAUGGAAACAAGGACAUCCUGUGAAUGCACCAGAGGCUUAGACAAUAAGAUCGAUAGUUGUACCAGGCAUGGGGAAAGCCAAAUGUAUGUCUCUAGUCGUAAGUAUGCCAAGUCUACGCUACGAAUUUCAAACCUAUUUGUACUUUGCAAUCUGUAGUU